CUCAAGAUCAAGGCAUGGGUUUCCAAAUCUUAUAGGAUAGACAAGCAACUCCAUGUAUACAACAUGCAUAUUUUUCGGGCUCGUUUUUCCAUCCACAUUCCUGGCCAACAGUCGGCUUUUGGUAUCCAUGUCAAGCAACGUUGAAAUUUUAGCCCGAAUUGACUGGCAGUGGAGUGCACUUGCACAAACAAACCCAGACUUCAAACCCCACCAUCAUGCGCAUAGCUGCAUCCCAUCUGCCGGCAGUGGAGGAUACACAACGUUUCGUAAACCUUGAUUGUGCGACCACGUCACAGCGUCGAUAACCACAGAUCUUUCGGCAAAAGGGCUUCCCUGGAAGUGAUAUGAACUGAACCGAAACUUCCCCGCGGAAAUAGGAUCUUUUUGACAAGGGAACUGUGUGUAGCGGCACCCCGCUUUUUUCCACCCUCUGACAAUGGCAGGCGGUUUCUCUUUUUCCUUUUCUGGUGACGAUAUAGAGAACACCGGCAGCGAGGAAGCGGUGCCUACUCAGGCUGUAUCCCCGUCGCCAGCAGAGAAGGCCACGGCAGACAAGGGGGCGUUCCCAGUUGAGGGUAAGCCACAGCUGCGGGCAGAGCACCACGAUGUUGCCCAUAUGCUCUCGCGUCUGCCGUCAAAGAUUGUAUACAGUCUUCUAGACAUCGAUCUCGGACAGGGGAAGAGGAUCCAACUGCCGAGGCGGGAGUUAUUCGACGUUCGCGUCCAGCUGGCGGCGGAGGAUGACGAGCUUGGGACUGGUGGUGAUGACGACACGGGAUUGGGAAAGCAUGAUGUCCGCAGCGGCAUAUACGAGGGCGGCUUCAAGAGCUGGGAGAGUAGCGUCGACCUGGUCAAGGUUCUUUCUCAAGAUGCGCACUCACCCAUCCUAGCACUAAACAACGGGCCGCUGAAGAUCAUUGAGCUUGGGUGCGGGACUGCAUUGCCGUCUCUUGCCGUCUUUCAAUGGGCAGCCGAGACUGGAGCUGCACCAGAAAGGUUUCCGCUGUCGCUGACCAUGGCGGACUACAACCCAUCCGUGCUAUACCUCGUCACACUGCCAAAUUUUGUGCUCACAUGGGCACUUAGUCAACAAGCACAUAGCACACUUGUGCAGGAUGCGCUCUCCUCCGAGGGACAAGAGGGCGAGCUUGAGCUCAGCGAAGAGGUGAAGGCCGCCUUCCGGUCCUUCUUGGAGACCUCAAAUAUCAAUUUGUCCUUUGUAUCGGGAGGGUGGUCGCCGGAGCUUGUCGAACUCCUCUACAGCGAUAGGCUUAUUCCACCAGCGGCCGCCGAGCAUUCAAACCCCAGCACGCUAGUCAUUGGCGCCGAGACCAUAUAUUCCCCAUUCGCGCUUGGCGCAUUCGCCGAGACUCUCCUGGAAGUGCUAAAGAGGGAACAGGUGAGCGGGAAGGCGACGAGUAUAGUGGCGGCAAAAAGAUUGUACUUUGGUGUUGGAGGUUCGUUGGACGACUUCGUGGACAGGAUGACGGCAUCGGGCACGACGGUCAGCUGGGUGGCCGAAGAGACGGAAGGCGUACGCCGGGGGGUUGUGCAGUGUUCGCUACCGUAAGAGCCGAAUCGGAGCUCGCGGCUAACGGUGGCAAAAUAAUUGUGGUGCGCAAGCUUGGAACAGUCUUGGUAGCUUUCCUCCCGGCUCGGGUGCUCGUCUGGUUGCUACUACAUCAUGGGGUAAACGACUGUGCUUUCUUGGCUCACUUGCACCCAUUACGCCAAGAAUUCGAACCAGUACGACACAAAAGGUUGCAUGAAAUCAAAAUCACGAGCUUUGUGACCAGUUCAAUACCAUUUUCGGCUAGAGCUUACCUUAUCGAAUCUCAUUCGUCGAGAGACAUUCGGUAGCUGUUUGAUACCAAGUACAAUAUUUGUGACCGGCGAGAUGAUGUCAGAUUUAUUUCUGGGUUCUAGACCCCUGGGAGUUCAUCUGGAGGACGGCGCCUCGGUAGGACAGAUCAAUGGCCACUGCAGAAGAAACGACGCCCCAUGCGCCCCUACAGCGAUAGACCGGGACAGGCUCAUAGGACAUGUCGGGUGAAUGUCGAUCAGUUCUUGCCUAGGGAGGUUGCUCCGAGCCACAUAUUCAAUUCGAUGAAUCGCUUCAUUUAUUUCGCUUCAAGACAGCAUGAAGCGCGCAUAAAACAGUCUUGCGCUCGGCAUUUCCUCCCACAAAACUAACUCAUUUGGUAACAUUCCUUCUUUAAACCGCCGGGGACGCUAUCGGGCGACCUCCGCGCAAAGAAAAAGGGGGGCGGCAGAUUUGAAAAAUUUGGGGUUGUCAGGCAUCUCAUGUGUACUCACAGCCAAAGAUGCGGUGCCCUCGGGGGCGUGCAUGCCUCGGGGUGUGGGUGGGUUUAUGAGCCUGUGCGCCGUGCGGCAGCAGCAGAAAAUCUCCUUUAGCAGAUGCAAUGGAUUGGCAUCUCAUUUAAGGUUCCAGACUAGCUGGGAUGACAAGUCAACGGGCUGCAGGUACAGCACGGUCGGAUGAGCCGUUGGCGUGCGAAAGUGUGCUGAAUCGUUGCUUCUGGACCUCAUAUUUCGGGCUGGCAGCUGUGGCCCUGUGGGCCGGCUAUUAGGUACUAUGGUAUAUUACUGUCAACAGCGAUUCAGUGACCAGAUUUAGUUGGUCCAGCCGUCCGUCGGACGUGGAGAUGAAAUCCAAACAGUCCCCAUCCCUGAAAUCCAAUCUUGCAGCCCCUCUCAUCGCUUCUCCAAGCCUGACCGGCAUCCACAAUCGUUAAUAUUAUG